ACCGCCGUCACGUGCCGUACGUCAUCCCCCGGGGUUUGUCUGGUUUGCCCUGUUUGUCGGGCCCGUCACGUUCCUAGUUUGACUGCAACAUCGUUGCCUCAUCGUCGUCACCUCGUUCCAGGCAGACAUCAUCAUCUAGAUCUGGGCCCAAUGCUCUAGUCUUUCGUCCCGGUCCCUCAGCAUAACUACUCGCUUUAACUAAUAUGGAUGCGGUUGGGACCUCCGUCAGCUGAUCGUUUCCCACUGACCCCCUCAAUGCGGAGAUAGGCGCAAAGUCUCCUCCGACCUCUAUCUCAUGGCGCGCCCGGACCGGCGCGUGAAUUUAGCAGUAGCUAGAGUUAUCCCCGUGGUCUUGCUAGGCGCUGUGAUCUAUGCUUCCUAUGCUAUCACCAAACCCCUAUGCAUCGACUACCUUCUCCAUCCUCUCCCGAAGUAUGAUCGUCGCCCUCGAACUGGUGCUGGUAUCGCCAUCAUUGUGAUCUACUACGUGCUUCUCUUUCCGGUCGUCGCGACAUACAUUCGACUUCUGUAUAACGUCAUCUGGAACCCCGGGUUACUGCCUCGGAACUCUCCACCCGCACCGACGUCGCAAGGCCCCGAACGACCGCAUAGCCGUCGGCGAAGUAGCCACAGACGGAGACAGAGUCAUGAGCAAUCGAGACAAUCCGAGAAAUCCGAAGGUGCCGGCGCCGACGUCGAGCAGGGACUGGAGUAUAACGCUGGAAACCCUGCGUUCCAGAUAGACCUAGCGGGACUGGAAAACUUUUACAGAAAAGAUGUUUUCGUCUGCCAGCCGGAUGGGCGGCCCCUAUAUUGCUCUACGUGUUGCCAUUAUAAACCAGAUCGUGCGCAUCAUUGCCGCGAGGUGGACCGGUGUGUCCGGAAGAUGGACCACUUUUGUCCAUGGGUCGGAGGUGUUGUUUCUGAAACAUCGUUCAAAUUCUUCAUUCAAUUCGUCUUUUAUACGAUGGUUUUUUGCCUAUUUUGUUUAAUCGUAUGCGCGUACUUUGUCGCCGAGAUAAAACGAGACAGUGGCUCCGUCAAUCCCCAUUGGGCCGUUGGUAUUGGAUUGAGCGGUCUUUUUGGAUUAUUCACUUUUGGUAUGACCUUAAGCUCCUUACAACUGGGCAUGUUCAACCUCUCCACAAUCGAGAAUAUCAAUCGUCAAUCAGUCGUCUGGACACUAGCCAUCCGCGUGCCCAAUCACGUCCUGGCAAAACUUCAUCCGGAGACGCAAUGGGCUCCGACAUUUCGCACUAUCACCUACCCUCUCCCAUCCAUACCUCCUCAUGCCGAAUUCGGCGCAGAAUACCAACACUAUCAGCCACCUGCAGAGCAGCACGUAUUCGCCAUUCUCCAGACCCAACCGGGCGACAAUCCCUUCGACCUAGGCAGUCCCAUCAAGAACCUUCAACAGAUCAUGGGCUACUCGCUGUUCGACUGGAUGCUUCCCCUCAAGCACAGCCCAUGUGCGGAUCACACGAACCAAGAGAGCACCUUUGCAUUUGGACCUGUGGUCUCGAGGCUCAAACAGGACGCGGGCCUCGACUCCUCCGUCGAGACCGAGGACGAGCUAGGAGAUCACAGAUCAUCGAAACAUAAACGAAAACGACGAAAACAUAGACGUCGGGAUUGAUCAUCACUACCUAUAGUUUCCUUUCUCGCAUUCUCUAUCUAGGAAAGACCCAUUGGAAAGUCCUCCUCAUCCCAUCGAAACAUCAUCCCACCAUCUCACUUGGUCUAUUCCUCAUGCAAGAUCAAUUGCAUUUUUUGGGGCUUCUUCGGCUUUUGUUCUAUUCCAUCUUAUUUCCCUCAUUCUUGGAUACUUCUUUUAGGAGUUUGGUUGAUCUGCUAUUCACCAAUGAGAAUCUUAGUCAUAGCAUAGUUAGGCUACAUUACCCCUGGUUGGAAGUUAAUAGAUAAAUAAUCUUCAGUUACAAGGCUAUGUCUCUGCUAGACUCAUUCGAGAUGCAAUUAGUUGUAGAUAUAUCUUGCAGUUUAACCAUCCUUUAAAACUUGAUAUCGAUACAGUUUCUGUGCAAUCUAGUCACCUAUUUAGAAGACAUUGAUAUCCUUGCCCGGUACUACAGCCGACUUAUCCUUCU